ACACUGGGUCAGGAAAGAUGAUUAAAUCUGAGCAAAGACAGAGGUCAGCUAAAGAAGUGCUUCAUGUUUAUAUUCAAGAAGCUUUAAUGUAAAAUGUGUGAUAUUAAUUGGUAUUUAAAUCUGAGGACAUGCUCCUCUCAUAAACAAACAUUCAGCUUGGACACAGUCUGCAUACGAUGUCCACAAUGGCACUGGACAACAUAACCAACUCUACAGUGUUUACUCUGUCUGGGAUCAACGCCAGCUGGGAGAGCAGAUACGUUUUCUUCUGCAUAACAUUUCUUUACUACCUUGUCAUCAUCGCCGUGAACCUGAUAAUAAUUGUCACAGUCGCCCUGAGGAAGCCGCUCCACGAGCCCAUGUACGUGUUCCUGUGUAACCUCUGUCUCAACGGACUGUUUGGGACCUCAGGGUUCUACCCCAGGUUCCUCUAUGAUCUACUUUCUGACGUCCAUGAAAUCUCACGGCCAGGAUGUUUCAUUCAGAUUUUUGUGAUUUACUCUGCUGUCCUGUGUGACUUUUCCACGUUAACAGUGAUGUCUUAUGACAGGUCUGUGGCCAUAUGCAGGCCGUUGGAGUAUCACACAGUUAUGACGGGGGGGACAAUCAUUAAACUGACUGUAUUCUCAUGGAUUGCCCCCAUGUUUUGCAUGUCAAUUUUGGUUACUAUGAGCUCUAGACAAAUUCUGUGUGGGUCACACAUUGAGAAGCUCUACUGCGAGAACUGGGCUAUUGUUAAAAUGUCUUGUUUCUCAACUACAUUGUAUAAUGUUCUUUCCUACACUGUAAUACUAACGUACGCUGGACAUUCAGUUUUAAUUAUGUUUUCGUACGUAAACCUGAUCAAAACCAGCUUGAAAUCCUCAGAGAAUCGGAAAAAAAUUAUGCAGACGUGUACUCCACAUUUACUGUCGUUAAUUAAUGUGACAGUGGCUUUUCUGUUCGAUACAAUGUUCAGUCGAUACGGAUCCAGAGAUUUCCCACAGGGCUUACGCCACUUCCUGGCAUUAGAGUUCCUCAUAGUACCUCCUCUUCUCAAUCCCUUGAUUUAUGGCCUGAAAUUGAGUAAGGUCCGAAAUGAGGUCUUGAGGUAUGUGAGAAGUAGCGCAGUAAAGUUUUAAUUGUUCAAAAGAUGCCUUGGAGUCAGUUUCUGAUUCUUAAGCCCUCAGCCUUUCGGGCCUCGUGUGCGCUUCCUGUGAAUGUCUACUUUUUUUCUCUCUUCAUUUACUGACUGAUGAAAUUGCAGUUAUUGCAUCAACAGGUUCGUUUACAGGUUCUUCAGACUCCCUGUGCUUAGUCGUAUUUCUCAAACUAAGUUUAUGGUUGCUAAAAUAUCUAAGCUAAAUAAAAACAUAUGGGGCUUGUUCUGAUUCAGUUAGGGCCUCGGUCCCGAAUCCCCCAGUCUUGUGAUAUAGUUCUAUAUCCCUGUUCUUAAUCAAUAUAAUUAACCUGAAGACACUUUUGGUAGGUACAUUUUUCCCUGAUUAACUUCUGCUUAACUCCGGUGCUUAAGUUGUAAAUCAGGCGAUGCUGGAACAUGAAGGCAUAUGAGAGCGGAGGGGUAGCAAGGCGGUCACAUGCUAAAAACAUGUAUGUAUAUUU